AUGAGAGCGUCCACGUCGCGGAGGGUGGGACUGGGGUUUUAUAACUACCGGUGCGAAUCUCAUAAGUCUUACCAAUACCUUCUGGCUGCUGGCAUGGUAAGUAGGAUCAGCGAUAUCCUUGGGGUGAGUAGACCCAUUGCCGGAUAA